CCGCACACUUACGUAUAUAGCGCACUGACCAUCUACAACGGGGAAGGAGAAACCCUAAAACCCUCAGCUGGAAAGGCUAAAACCCUCGCCUUUUUUCCUCGUUCUCUCCCCUCCUCUCCGAGGAAUCACGAAUCCAUGGCGGCGUCGUUGGUGCUCAGAGCCAUGCGGCGGCGAGAUCUCGCCUCUCCUCUCGGAUCGUUAUCUGGUAACAUAAAAUCAACAUGGGCUGCAUCUCAUUUGGGUUCUAAAUUGGCAGGUUUGGCCAGGCCAUUUAGUGCAAAACCUGCUGGUAAUGAUGUAAUUGGAAUUGAUUUGGGAACUACCAACUCAUGUGUAGCUGUUAUGGAGGGAAAGAAUCCGAAAGUAAUUGAGAAUUCAGAAGGAUCUAGGACGACGCCAUCAGUGGUUGCCUUUAAUCAGAAGGGUGAACUGCUUGUUGGGACUCCUGCCAAACGGCAAGCAGUGACCAAUCCAACAAACACCUUUUUCGGAACAAAGCGUCUGAUUGGCCGCCGCUUUGAUGACCCCCAGACCCAGAAGGAGAUGAAGAUGGUCCCCUUCAAAAUCGUUAAGGCUCCUAAUGGAGAUGCCUGGGUUGAAGCAAACGGGCAACAGUAUUCUCCCAGUCAGAUUGGUGCAUUUGUUCUAACCAAGAUGAAGGAGACUGCUGAAUCUUACCUCGGGAAAUCUGUUUCCAAGGCAGUAAUCACUGUUCCUGCAUACUUCAAUGAUGCACAACGUCAGGCUACGAAAGAUGCAGGCCGGAUUGCUGGGCUCGAUGUCCAGAGAAUUAUUAAUGAGCCCACGGCAGCAGCCUUGUCUUAUGGGAUGAAUAACAAGGAGGGUCUAAUUGCCGUUUUUGACCUUGGAGGAGGAACCUUUGAUGUCUCCAUUUUAGAAAUAUCUAACGGUGUUUUUGAGGUCAAAGCAACAAAUGGUGACACUUUCUUGGGCGGUGAAGAUUUCGACAAUGCCCUUUUAGAAUUUCUAGUAAGUGAAUUUAAAAGAUCUGAGGGUAUCGAUCUUUCGAAGGACAGACUUGCUUUGCAGAGGCUUCGAGAGGCUGGCGAGAAGGCCAAGAUUGAGCUUUCCUCAACAUCCCAGACCGAGAUUAAUUUGCCAUUCAUAACAGCCGAUGCAUCUGGUGCGAAGCAUUUGAACAUCACCCUGACCAGAUCGAAGUUUGAGUCUUUAGUGAAUCACCUGAUCGAGAGAACCAGAGAACCUUGCAAAAACUGUUUGAAGGAUGCUGGGAUUUCUAUAAAGGAAGUAGAUGAGGUCCUUCUUGUUGGUGGGAUGACUAGGGUCCCGAAAGUGCAGGAGAUAGUUGCUGAGAUUUUCGGGAAGAGCCCGAGCAAGGGAGUGAAUCCAGAUGAAGCUGUCGCAAUGGGUGCGGCCAUUCAGGGUGGCAUUCUUCGAGGAGAUGUCAAGGAGCUUCUCCUAUUAGAUGUCACUCCUCUUUCGCUCGGGAUCGAGACCCUCGGUGGUAUCUUUACUAGGCUGAUUAACAGGAACACAACUAUUCCCACCAAGAAAAGCCAGGUGUUCUCCACUGCAGCUGAUAACCAAACGCAAGUGGGCAUCCGCGUACUGCAAGGUGAGCGCGAGAUGGCUGCAGACAACAAGCUUCUUGGUGAGUUUGAGCUUGUCGGCAUCCCUCCCGCUCCUCGUGGCAUGCCCCAGAUUGAGGUCACCUUCGAUAUCGAUGCCAAUGGAAUUGUAACAGUCUCCGCCAAGGAUAAGGCCACAAGUAAAGAGCAGCAGAUCACCAUUCGAUCCUCUGGCGGCCUCUCUGAGACCGAGAUCGAGAAAAUGGUCAAGGAAGCGGAGCUCCAUGCACAAAAAGACCAGGAAAGGAAAGCUCUUAUCGAUGUGAGGAACAAUGCCGAUACUACCAUUUAUAGCAUAGAGAAGAGCUUGAGCGAGUAUAGGGAUAAGAUACCAUCUGAAGUGGCGUCAGAAAUAGAGUCUGCCGUGGCCGAUUUGAGGAAAGAGAUGGCAGGUGAUGAUAUUGAGAAGAUAAAGGCGAAGCUUGAUGCGGCGAAUAAGGCUGUCUCAAAGAUUGGGCAGCACAUGGCCGGUGGGUCGGGUGGGGCCCAGGGCGGUGCUGGUGGUGCUGGCGGUGAUCAGGCGCCAGAGGCCGAGUACGAAGAGGUUAAGAAGUGAAAAGUAUGACCUUCAUUUUAAAGGUACUGAUCAGUGACUAGAGAAGUCCAAAUCAAUAUAAUUCUCUGUUUUUGUUCUUAAAUAUGAUCUGAAUUUGUUUUUACUAGUCCUUACAUAUGAAGCUAGACCUGAUUAAUUCCAGAGACUGCUGUUGCGCGGAUUUUGUUCCCGGGGAAUUGGGUGCCUUGGUAGUUGAAGGCUGGUUAGUUAGUUUCUUACCAUAUGAGGUCUUCUAUGCUCAAUUCCACUCUUAUAUUUGCGAAUAAUUUUGUGCAAACCUACUUAUACGUUCAAGUGUCUGGGCUAGAUGUUUAUGUUUGCAUAAUUUUCAAUCAGUUUCAUAUUACGUGCAUUUCGGGCCGCUGGAUUUUUGACCAACGCUUUUUAUUUUCUUUUAUCUUUUGUGGAGAAAUACCUGAUGGUAUCAUGCUGUAUCAACUAUGAUUUGGUCUGAGUUGGUAUUGGUCAAUUGAGGACAGAUUCAGCAAGGUCGUGUCGUGGCAUGUGGUUUUGGUUUAUGUUGUUGUUAGUUGUCACAUGUAAUUAUAAUUUGGUACGAUUGGGCAACGUGGUUGCAAAUUCUAAUCGCCUAUUUGCUUGGC